GCCCCCAUCCACCAUCUCUCCAACCAACCAUUCCAUACUACUCUUCACAUCCAACCUUAAAAACGGAUUUUUUCGAACGCCUUAGUACCGGAACUAUUAUUGUAAAGAAAAACAUUUUGGAAUUAAUGCCUGACGAAACAAAGUCAAUUAAAUUUGUUGAUGGUUCUAUUGUGGAAAACAUUGACGCAGUAAUUUAUGCGACUG